GUCUUCUUCUCCUCGUCUUCCACUAAUCUCUCCACCUAAUCUCUCCUCACUUCUGGCGGAAUUGUGUCAGAUAUCCAGCCUGUCAUAUUCUAGGGACGGUUGUGUAAGUUUACUAUACCGCCUCCUGCCUUCGGUCGCUUGGCUCGCGGGGGGAAUAUUCCCCGUUCUCUCCUCGCUGUCCCGUUCAAUAAUGUCCGAAUCUCCACCGCCAACCCCAUCCCCACAUCCACCGGCUUGGAGCUUCAGCAACAUGGCCAGCAACGUCGUUCAGUUUCUGCGUUUGCCUGUCUUGGCCUCGUCAGGUCUGGCUGUUUUGGCCAGUGGUUUAUUAUAUUUCAAGCAAAAUGAACUCAUCUACCCUCGCAACGUCCCCGUCGAUGCGCGCACCAAUGUCCCCAAGCCCCGUCAGUUCGGCAUCACCGACUACGAAGAACUCCAGAUCCCCACCCCCGACGGCCAGUCGCUCCAUGCCCUCUUCAUGCGCCCUUCCAACAGCCGCGUCAAUCGGAAAUUGACGGUCGUCAUGUUUCAUGGCAACGCGGGCAAUAUCGGUCAUCGCAUCCCCAUUGCCAAGGUCUUGCAGGAUGUCCUGGGCUGCCACGUGCUCAUGGUGGAGUACCGCGGCUAUGGACUGUCGACAGGUGUACCGGAUGAGAAUGGGUUGAAGAUCGAUGGACAGACGGGUCUCGACUAUGUCCGACAACGGGCGGAGACGCGCGACAACAAGGUCAUUGUUUAUGGCCAGAGUCUGGGAGGUGCGGUCGCCAUCAAUCUGGCGGCGAACAACCAGGAAGAUGGCGUGAUCGCGGGUCUGAUUCUCGAAAACACCUUCCUGAGUAUUCGGAAACUGAUUCCGUCGGUCUUCCCGCCGGCGAGGUAUCUCGCGCGCUUCUGUCACCAGAACUGGAACAGCGAGGAGCUGUUACCCAAGAUCACCUCCAUGCCCAUCCUAUUCUUGAGUGGGUUAAAAGACGAAAUCGUUCCCCCCGAAAAUAUGACUGCGCUCUUCGCGAGCUGCAACUCGCCCCGCAAGAGAUGGCGCACGCUGCCCAACGGGGCCCACAACGACAGUGUCGCCGAACCGAAUUACUUUGAUCACAUCCAUGACUUUGUCAUGGAGGAAGUCGUCGGGGACGAUUAAGUGUGCUUAGAGAUACCCAGCCUAUUCGGCGUCUGUUUGAUGGAAGACCUUUUGACGCCGGUCCGCGAGUUCAGCUUCCAUCCGCAAGCCUUGUAUUCCUAGUCUGAUACAAUCACCUAAUAUCCCUCCGCCCUGUCGUGAACCGGCAUGAAAUAAUAUCCAGAUAUUUUAUCUUUCUAUCCUUUUCAAACCCGGUUUCUUCCUCUUUCGUCCACGUGGGUAGACGCGUGUCAAACGCUCGCCAUUAUCUCUCCUGGUCUGGUCUGGCUUUUGUGCAAUUGAGAUGGUGUCCAGGUCAUUUACUUCGGUUGUCACGAGUUUCAUUC